GCCGACCAUCGAUUGCUCAAGUUUGAAAGGUAGUUCUACCGAUAGGUGUCGAAUUCCUCUAACUAUACAGGCUACCCUACUCCAACAGAUCCUGGUGGAUGGCCUGGAUCGUGGCCUCUCUCGUAGCCUGCGGGAUCGCCGUAGUCCAGCUCUAUCACAAGUGGGACGCAAACCCGGUGGUCAUCGUGUACGCUCCCAAGUUAAUACCGAUCUACACCGUCCCAUUUCCGGCCAUCACAAUCUGCCCGCUGACGAAGGUUCUCGUUGACCAGUUCAACCUGACCCACGCCUAUCAGCAGGUCCAGAACGGGACAACGCUGGACGAGGAACGCGAGUUGAAGCUACGAGCGUUAGCUCACGUCUGUCCGUUCUCGCACAACUGGAAACAAUUCGAUCCGCGGGAGGACGAGAAGAUAUUCCAAACGCUGCGGAACAUGGCCCUGCCGAAGGAAAUCGUCGCCCAGUGGUGCCUGUGGCGGUUCAAGAAGAUCGAAUGUAACGACAUGAUAACGGAGACGUUGACGGAUGAUGGGAUCUGCUAUACGUUCAACGCACUGCCGGCGAAUCAGAUAUACCGCGCUGGGGUUAUUUCGCCGGAAUUUUUGGCAUUCACGAACGCAAGUACCGUUCGGUCUAACUGGACGCAGGAAAAAGGCUACCGCCGCAAUGCCGGACUCCACACGUACCCGCACCGUCCUUUGAGCAACGGUAUGUUUUCGGGACUCUUCAUGGUACUGUCUGUUCGACAUAUUGAUCAGGAGUUUUUGUGUAGGGGAGCAUACACAGGGUACAAGUUGAUCGUUCACCCUCCGGAUGAGAUAGCAUUAACCGGAGAUAGAUUCUUACGGCUGAACAAUGACGAUGUCAUCGAACUAACGUUCACCCCGAAUGCAUUGUACACGGCACGUGACUUGCACAAUGCUUCACCGGCUAGACGCAAGUGCUUCUUCAAUCAUGAAAGGUACUUGCGGUUUUUCAACCAUUACAACCAGGCAAACUGCGUUGCCGAGUGUGUUGCGAACUACACUCUGAAGAAGUGUGGUUGCGUCAAGUUCUCGAUGCCACGGACGGCGACAAUGAAGGUUUGCGACGCAAGCAAGAUCGCCUGUUACAGUAACAUUUUGAAGGAAGUAUUCGAAGAUGUUUUUUAUUCGGAAAAGCAUAAAAAACUAUCGGCAUGUCAAUGUCUUCCGGCUUGUAACAGUGUUCAGUACCAAGCGGAGAUAUCACGGAUGCCGUUCUACUUUAAAGAGUUUGCCCAUGUUGCUGGACCAGCAUUUGAUAGAUAUGAAGGCUACGAUCCAGCGAUACUUAUGCUAUCCUUCAAGCAUCGUCACUACUUGCCGGUGUGGAGACGACCGAUGCUGAGCCUGACGGAUGUGGUGGCGAAAUUUGGUGGACUGUUUGCCCUGUUGAUGGGUGCCAGCGUGAUGAGCGUGGGCGAAAUCUUGUACUACUGCUGCAUACGGCCGCUGCGCAGGGAGCGAUUCCCCAGGUUGGCGAUCAACCGGAUCUUUGUGCUGCCUUGGGCGGCACAUCGGAACCCAUUUCGGGUUCCGAGGAACUAUCUUCACGCGGUCAUGUUGCACUACGAGUUCAAACGAACGCCCUUCCGGCAGGUUCUUUGGGAGUUCUGCAAGGAGAAUGGUGUUCUAGCCGUACGAUAUGCCGCUGACCGAAGUUUGCUCAAGAUCGAAAGAUCCUGGUGGAUGCUUUGGAUCGCGGCAGCGUUCGCAGCCUGUGGCUUCUCGGCGAUCCAGAUGUACUACAAGUGGGACGAACACCCGGUGGUCAUCGUGUACGCUCCAGAGUUCGCCCCGAUUUCCACGGUUCCCUUUCCAGCUAUUACCAUGUGUCCACUUUCAAAAGCUCGCGUAGAUCAGUUCAACCUGACUCAGACUUACGAGCUGUCGCAGAACGGAACAUUGCUAGACCGGGCUCGUAUAAAAAAGUUACGUGCGCUGGCUCACGUGUGUCCGUACACUCGUCUUUGGCAAAACUUUAGCCAAAGCGAGGAUGAAACCGUAAUCAAGAGUCUUCGGAAUAUGUCCUUCGCGAAGGAAACAAUCGCACAGUGGUGCAUGUGGCGCUACAAAGUUGUGAAUUGUAGUGACAUGCUAACGGAAUCUCUGACGGAAGAUGGAAUUUGCUAUACCUUUAACGGCUUGCCGGCAAGCAAACUGUAUCGUGCUGAUAUAAUUUCUCCAGAUUUUCUACAGUUUGAAAGCUCUGCCGCGACUGACUCCAACUGGACGCAAGAUUCUGGCUAUGCAAGUAACGCAGGUCUCAACGCCUAUCCGUAUCGCUCCAUGGGGAAUGGGGCUAUAUCGGGAUUGUUCGUGGCGUUGUCCGUACGGACCAUCGAUCAGGAGUAUUUGUGUAGUGUAUGUCCUGUGCGUUCUCGGGGAACUCUGAUUCUUAACGUUCUGUUCUUCAAGGGUCCCUACACUGGCUUCAAGAUCGUUGUCCACACGCCGGACGAGGUUGCCAUGAGCGGGGAUUGGUUCUUCCGGUUGAACAACGAGGACGAUAUCGCCCUUACCUUCACACCAAACGUGAUGUACACCUCUGAAAAGCUACGCAAUGCUUCCCCAAUAAGACGCAGCUGCUUCUUCGACAACGAACGGUACCUGCGGUUCUUCAACAGCUACAACCAGGCAAACUGUGCUGCGGAGUGUAUGGCGAAUCUGACGCUCCAAAAGUGUGGCUGCGUCAAGUUUUCGAUGCCUCGUACGGCGGACAUGAAGAUUUGUGACGCCAGCAAGAUCGAGUGCUAUCAAAACAUCCUGAUUGAGGCGUUCGACGAAGAGAUCCGGCACGCGAUGCAGGGAAUGAUUUCGCUUUGUGGAUGCUAUCCGGCUUGUAACAGUGUAGAGUACCGGGUUGAGAUCUCUCGGAUGCCGUUCUACUUCCAGGAGCUGUCGCGAGCCGCGGGAGCGGCGUUCGAUAAGUACAAGGGCUACGACAUAGCGGUAAUGUCGAUGUCCUUCAAGCAUCGCCAUCACCUCCCGAUUUGGAGGCGUGAGAUGCUGGGAGUUACCGACGUGAUCGCUGAGUUUGGAGGACUGUUCGCGCUGCUGUUAGGAGCUAGUGCUAUGAGUUUGUGUGAAAUAUUAUACUACGCUUGUAUACGACCGCUGCGUAGAGAACGGAUCCCCCGGCUGGCGAUCAACUGGAUGUAUGUGCUACCGUGGGCGGCACGGCAGAAUCCGUUCCGGACUCGCAUGAACCAACCGAAAGACUGGUGA